AUGUCUGCCAUACCCUAUGUGGAAGAGCCAGUUGGCAAUAUUCAAGGUAGUAAGCAAAUCAAACAGCCUGAGCCUAUUGUUGCAACAUGGAAAGGAAGGUUAUGGGAUACCUUUGAUCUUCCUUCGGAUCAAAGGAGGUUAUUGUUCAAAGUCGAUGCUGUAAUGCUCACUUUUGCUUCGGUGAGCCCCGAUUCUUGGUCUGCUUGUGCCACUUUAGCUGUAAGUAAAUUAUCAGGAAGGCAACAAAAAGCUAAUGAUUGCCAAGUCCUGAAAAAUCUGGAUCAGCAGAACAUCAAUAACGCCUUUCUAUCAGGUAUGAAAGAGGACUUGGGUAUGCACGGAAACGAAUUGGUUACCGCUGUCACUAUUUGGACAGUCGGUUAUGUCAUUGGACAGAUACCAUCGAACAUACUUUUGACCAGGGUGGAGCCACGUUUCGUGAUACCGGCACUUGAAAUCGGAUGGGGCAUAGCUACCCUGGGAUCUUAUUCCGUCAAGUCGUACAAGGCUCUUUGGGCAUUACGUUUUCUAGUUGGUCUUUUUGAAUCCGGUUUCUACCCUGGUAUACAUUACAUUCUUGGAAGUUGGUAUACCCCACGAGAAAUUGGUAAACGAGCCAUGAUUUUCUGGCUUGCAGGAACGAUUGGAUCCAUGUUCAGUGGAUUCUUACAGGCUGCUGCUUACAGGAAUCUCAACGGGGUACAUGGUCUUGCCGGAUGGCGAUGGCUUUUCAUCAUCGAUGCAAUCAUAACUCUUCCAAUCGCUAUCUUGGGCUUCGUCUUCUUUCCAUCGGCUCCCUUACAGGACAAAAAGGCUUGGUGGCUCUCGCAUGAGGAACAUGAACUCGCUCAAUGGCGAUUGACUAGCAUUGGUCGAGCGGGACGGACCAAGUGGUCCAGAGCCAAAGUAAAGAGGCUUUUUGGUAGUUGGCAUACUUAUAUUCUUCCCUUCUUAUAUGUGAUCUGGAACAACGGUGGCGGUCAACAAGCGAUGGGUUACUGGCUCAAAUCGUUCAAUGCAAAACCGGCUCCUGUCCCAGGUGUCAGCUUUACUGUCUCGGAGAUCAAUCAACUACCUUUAAUCUCGAGAGCCAUAUUCAUUGGUACCGCUAUCGCCUACGCCUGGCUGUCAGAUGGUGUUUUCAAAGGUCGACGAUGGCCAUUCAUCUAUUUCAACGCUAUCUGUUCUCUCAUCUUUGCUACCGCUCUUCUGAAAAUCGAUCUGUAUGCCAACAUCAAUGGUACCAAGUUAUUAUACUGGUUCCAAGAUUUCGGCAGCGGAGCUGGUCCUCUAAUCCUUACCUGGAUCAAUGAAAUCUGUUCUGACGAUACGGAGAAACGAGCUUUGCUAGUAGCAGCUGGAAAUGACUUAGCAUACGUUUUCCAGAGUAUACUGCCAAAUUUCGUCUGGAAAACGGUUGAUUUUCCCGAAGCAAGAAAAGGCUGGACGUAUUCUUUGUGCCUUGCCGUCCUAUUGAUUUUAUGGACAUCUUUGAUCCUUGUUCUACUUCGAAGAGACGAGAAGAGGGCUCUCAAGGCGCAAUUGGUCGAGUCUACUGAUGUCAUUCCCAGCAGUCCCAGUGCAAAUUCAGGUGAUGAAUCCCCCGACGAGAAAAAUGUUUAUACCCCUGAGGCGGAAGAAUACAACGUCAGAGCAGCGAUCAGUAAAGUCUGA